AACACUUUCAACAAGUUUGUAUGCUCGCAUUAAAUAUCUGGUUUGUUAUGGACUUGAGUUAUAUGUGCACAACAGACUGGGCGUGACCCUGUGACCCCUGGUUGCCAGGGAGAGAGCGGUGGGGCCAUGGCUGCUGCGGCCACAGUCGGGGAGAGCCAACUCCAGAGGAUUAUCCGAGAUCUGCACGAGGCUGUUGCAGAGCUUGCUAAGGAGUACCGGGAAAGUGGGGAGCCAAUCACAGAUGACAGUACCACAUUGCACAAGUUCUCUUACAAACUGGAGUAUCUGCUGCAGUUUGACCAGAAGGAUAAGACUACAUUUCUUGGUACUAAAAAGGAUUAUUGGGAAUACUUCACUGACUGCUUGGCUAAAAUCAAAGGAGCCAAUGAUGGGAUCCGCUUUGUCAAAUCUAUCACUGAGCUGAAGACUUCUCUGGGAAAAGGACGGGCGUUCAUCCGAUACUCCCUCGUACAUCAGCGACUGGCUGACACGCUGCAGCAGUGCCUGAUGAACCACAGGGUCACCAGCGACUGGUACUAUGCAAGAAGUCCCUUACUGAAGCCCCACCUCAGCGUUGACAUAAUAAGUCACCUUUACGAACUCAAUGAGGUGCAGUUUGACGUGGCCUCCAGGGGUCAUGACCUCGAUGCUUCCUGGCCCACUUUUGCGAGGAGAACACUGGGAAGUGGUAGCUCACCCGGCCACAUGUGGAAACCACCCAGUCGCAGUUCCAGUAUUAAUAGUCUGGCCAGCUCCUACUCGCAGCAAGCGCACGAGUUCCCCUCCAGCCCUGAUUAUGGUCAAGGUCUGCUAAGUGACCUGAACGAGUCUCUGCCGGCCUGCAACGAGGACGUCAGCACAGUUGAAGGUCUUCGCCUGGAGCUGGACCAGUCAGAGCUGAAGCAGCGAGAGCUCCUAGAUAAAGUGCAGCAGAUGGGCGAGGAGGGCGCUGGGCUCAGGGAUGUGGUCCUGCAACUCCAGAGGCAGCUGGAUGUGUCCCUUGCGGCCCAAGAGGAGCAGCAGGGCUUGCAUGGAGAUCUCAAGGCUCUGAAGGGAAGAGAAGAAGCACUGUCCAGAGAGGUGGAGGCACUCAGGACUGGGAAAAAAGCCAGGGAGGCUGAACAACAAGUGGUCCAGGAACGGCUGGCAGCUGCUGAGAGGAAGAACCUAGAGCUCCUGGCCAAGUUGGACGGGGUUCUGAAUGAGAAGGGCCAGCAGGCAACCAGUCACUUUGAUUCCGCUCAAAAGAUACACGAGUUGCUGGACAGAUUGAAAGAGGCAGAGAGAGGGAAGAUGGAAGCCGUAGCCGAGGUGGAGGAGAAGAAGAGACUGGCAGAGCGGCUGGAGGACGAGCUGAGGGUCAAGGAGACGGCUGCGAAGCACGGCGAAGCGAAACUCGCAGCACUAGUUGCAUCUGCGUCCGAGGAGAAAGCCAAGUUGGAGGCGGAAGUGGAGGAACAGCGCAAAGCCAUUGAUAAGCUGCAGGGAUCCUUGACAGUGAGAGAGAAGGAGACCAGCAACCUCCAAAGGCAGCUGCUGGACCUACAAGGAUCUCUGGAGGAGAAGGAGAAAGAGGUGCAGGAGGUAAAGAUGAGUGCACAAAAAGAUAAAGAUGCGAUGCAGAGGAAUGCUGGUUUAAAAGAGUCCUUGGGAGCAGAAGUCACUGCCCUUAAGGAGCAUCUAGAGAGGAAGGAGGCAGAGUUCACCUCCAGCUGCAAGACACUACAGCAGCUAGAAGCCAAGAACCAAAGCCUGACCACAGAGAGGGACCAACUGACCACGAACCUUGUGGAGCUGGAAGGUGACGUCAAAGAACAAGCCUUGAAGAUGGAAGACUACAAGACGCAGUGCGCCAAUCUGAUUGAGCUUAACAGGAAACUGAUGACCACAGUGAAGAGAAACGAGGAGCUGAAGAAGGAGAUGGCGGAAACCCGGACAGCGCAUGAAGACGAGUUAGCAGCUCUGAGAGCUUCCGAGAAACAGCUCCGCGGCCAGCUGGACGAUAAUAAGAUGACGGUGGAGGAAAAAGAGAGGCGCCUGCGCGAGGACAACCGCAAGCUGGACGAGAGCCUGCAGCGAGCCACGAUGGCCGCGAAGCUCUCCGAGGCCGCGUCGAAGCGGCUGGAGCGCGAGAACCACAGUCUGAGAGAGGAGCAGGACACCGUGAAAGCAGCCCUGAGCCGCAUGCAGGCCGACCUGAAGAGUGUCAACGGGCAGAUCGGAGACUUGGAGAAGAACUUAGGGGCGUCGCGCAAGAGUGCAGCGAGCCUUCAGGAACAACUUCUAGCCAAAGAGGCCCAGCUGGAAAGUACAGAGAAGGACCUUGCUGAGCUGCUGUCCAGCUUAAAGUCUCUCCAGGCCAGGGAGAAGGAGCUGGAGAUGGCCAAAGCGGACGCAGAAGCAACUUGCGCCAAACAGACCGAGGUGAUUGAAAGGCUUACUUCGGACAAGCGGGCGAUGGAGACGUCUCAGCUGGAGAGGAGCGCGGUCCAGGCCAAAGCGAGCCAGGAAGUGGCGGGCAAACUCGAAGGCCAACUGGAGGUGUGCAUGAGAGACGUGUCCAGGCUGCAGGCGGAGAUCCUGGACCUGAGGGUGCGGGCGCAGAGGUCCGAGGAGGAAAGGAUGAAAUCGCAAGCGCAGCUGGAGGUGGCGGAGGCCCAGAGGGGCGAGCUGCGGACUCUGACCGAGCACCUUAAAUCCCAGACGGAGGCCCUGAAUCAGAGGCACGUGGCGGACCUCAUGGAGUGCAAAAAGAGGGAGCAGGCUCUGGCGGAACAGCGCGAUGGAGAGGUAGCCGCCCACGCCGAGUUGUCCAUCUCGGCGGCCGCCGCCCGCGAAGAGCUGUCCGUCCUCAAGGCCGAGAACAGCCGGCUGUCGUCGGAGAACGGCGAGACGCGCGAGGGCCUGCACAGGGCGAACACGGAGAUGGCCGAGCUGGGGAUCACCGUCUGCAAGCUGAGUGCGGAGAAGGAGGAGCUCAGAGAGCGCUGCGCAGGGGACGCCGCCAGGAUUGAAGGGCUGGAGAAAGAGCUGGACAGGCUGGAGGAGGCCCGGGCAGAACUGCAGCUCGAGAACACCACGCUGAAAGAGGAGCUGACGCAGAAGGGGAAACUCCCGGGGACCAUCACGGAGCUCCAGCAGCAGCUGGACAAGGCCAGGAACCAAUUGAGGAGUGUCAGGGACUCGAACCGAGAGGAGGUGGAGGCCGUCAAGUUCCAAAUGAGCUCAGAGAGCAUGAAUCACCAGCUCCAGGUGAAGAGUAUAAAUGAGCAGCUGGACAAGAUGAAAGCCAAGCUGCAGAAGGAGUUAAAGAAUGCAUCCAGCUUGCAGGCCAGAGUGUCUGAACUAGAGGCUGCGAAUGAGAAGUACCUGCAGCUAACCGGCGAGAAAGACGCUCACAUCACAAAGACAGAAAAAUCCAUUCGUGAGAGUGAGAGCGAGAUUCAGCAGCUGAGGUAUGCAGAAACCAGUGCCGAAGAAGCCCACUCGGCUUUGCUAAACGUCUGCGAGGAAUUGAAGCAGAAACUCGACGCGGCAGAAGCCGACAAACAAAGCCUGAACCUGAGGAUGACUGCGGAGAUCGAUGACCUCAACAGAACCAAGGUCAACCUGGAGGAGCGGCUCAUUGAGCUCAUACGGGACAAAGAUGCUCUUUGGCAGAAGUCAGACGCCCUGGAGUUUGAGCAGAAGCUACGAGCAGAGGAACGCUGGUUAGUGGACAAGGAGACCACGCAGUGCCUCGGCUGCCAGGGCCAGUUCACCUGGUGGCUGCGCAGACACCACUGCAGGCUUUGUGGUCGCAUCUUCUGCUACUACUGCAGCAACAACUUUGUGAUGACCAAGCACAGUGGGAAGAAGGAGCGCUGCUGCAGGGAGUGUUACACCCAGCACAGCGUGGUGGUGGAGAGGUUCACACAGGCGGAGCUGAGUCCCUCCGACAUGCAGCCCCCUCCACCGGGAGCCGGACCUCAGCCGCCACACGAACCGGCCCCGUAUAAGCCCACUCCCAGUGUGACAGUUUCGGACCCCAGCAGCAGAUCUGACGAUGGAGUUUUUGACAUAAUCACGGAGGAUGAAGUGAAUGGCGUUUACGACAGUGACACCACCUCCCAGACCACAGCAGGCUCCCUGGAGGGAGAACAAGACCGAGCGCCUCCGGGAGCACUAGGGACCAGAGAUGUGACCUUUGCUGACCCUGAGGAGCAUGUUGCCACGGUGCAGGAUUCAGAAAUCAACCUCCUCCAGUCGGGAGAUGUCACGAUGGACGUCCCUCUCAGCAUCGACGAUAUUUCCAAGUUCGGCGAAGGCUCCAGGGAAAUCUUCAUCAAGUCCAGCUGCUACAGUGUGAUAACGGUCGCCGUGGGCGACCGGGGGCCCACCAUCGGCUGGACCUUUUCCUCUGAGCCAAAGAGCAUCUCCUUCAGCGUCGUUUACAGGGAAUCCGCCGACUCUCACGUGGAGCGCUCGAAGGUGCUGAUUCCUCUGACUCGCUGCAACUCGCACAAAGAGACGGUUCAGGGACAGCUGAAGGUCCGGCACCCCGGCCUCUACACGCUCAUCUUUGACAACUCCUUCUCGCGGUUUAUCUCCAAAAAAGUCUUCUACCAUCUGACCAUGGAGAAGCCCAUAAUCUACGAUGGAAGCGACCUUCCCUGAUGACGUCACUGUGGAACGGACCCUGAAAAAAAUGUCAAAUUCCACCACUGCUGCAAAGUCAUUUGACUUUUUCUCUCCUUUCUUCCCAAAACCUACCCAAGUAUUUUAAGGAUCAUGUAGUAUUUAAGUCUUUGGUGUCACUAUUUUGAGGCGUUCUUGUGUUUUAACAAUCAUCUUAGUUCAGCUGUAUUGUGUUUUAAAACAUAAACCAAGUACUUUUAGUUUACCUGUGUUAAGAUUAGUAGGUUGUCAAGUUUAAGAUAUUGUUUGAUUUUGUUUUACUUCGGCCUCUCUUUAUUCCAAAUAUGCUCUCACGUUUGGGAAUGCACAUCUCUGCCAGUAACACUAGAAGUAUGAAAUAUGAUAAACUAUUUAUUUGCAAAGGAAGUCAAUGUAGACUCGGGAAUGGUUUUAAAAAUUUACAGAAUUGUGGUCAGUUGAGGUGCAAUCUUUUAAGUCAAAGCUUUCAAGGUGGUUCUUCUUCUGCCUUGUUUAUUAAUCAACUUGUCUGAACACUAUGUUUGCACUUUGCAAAGGAAAAAAAAAAAACAGUUUCUGUUUGUUCACAAAGCAUUUGAAUUUUGUACAAAUCUCAGGAGUGGGACAUACAAUCGUCCUCUGAAGGAAGUAUGUCCUAGUUUUAUGUUUUUUUGGAGAAACCCCCCCCCAGAAAAAUAAGAGUGCCUGUUCUUACACGGACCUGACUGUGUCGCUACAAUCUCCUUCACAACCGAUGAGCUGCAAUACUUUGCUAAAGUGCCUUUUCACUCUUUAUAUCAGUUUAUUUUACUCCCAUGUUAUCCGCACUAAACUUUCUGUAAAACCUUAAUUCCCGUUACACGUAGAUCACAAUAUGCACAAUCUCGUGUGCUUCUGAUCCGAUCAGUUGAAAUCAUUUUUUUUUUCCAUUUGGACUUCAUUUGAACCUCUGGAGUCUGUUUGUGAUGUGUUUGGAUAACCCUCUGUGCCGAUCUGUCAAUCAGGGAUGGGUUCAGUAUUGUGUGCUCUUCAUCCUUUAUAGCGAAGCAAUAGGGACAAAACGGGCACAAGCGCACACUAAUGAAGCAAAGGGCUUUGUCUAUCUGCUGCUUUCACAGAGAUUUCUUUACACUUGACAGUCAAAUCUCUUCCAUUGUUGAUGGGUUUAAAUUGGUUUCUAUGCAAAGGCUCUACAUUGUCAACAGAGCCGCACUUUGUAGUCAUUUUGUUAUUGUUGCAAACAACAUUAAAUCUGUUUAAUUGACACUAUCUUGGUCAAAGUGUUCACACGGCGACAGGUUUUUCCACUGGAAGCAUUUUUAAGGAAUACGAUGUGCACAACUCCUGGCUACAAGGACUCAGUGUACCUGGUAAUGGAUCUGUCAAACAACGAGUAAACAUCAACAAAAGGUGAGAGCAAGGACGCCUGUCGACAUCCGCUGAUCUGUGCUUGACAGCUCGGAGCGACAGGAACCCGAAUUAACAAGCCUGUGUGUGCCGCUUCAAUCGUUGCAGAACAAAGACGACAACACACAAAGAAGUGACAAUUUGCAUGCAGACCGAAGAUUUUAUGUCAAAAAGUCUUAAACAGUGUUCUACACAAAUUAAUCAAAUGAACAUUAAAAAAAAAUUAUGUCAUAGAAAAAAAAGCAUCAAAGCCGUAGUCUGCGACUCUGUAUCUAUUCUCUCUGUCUAAUGUUUGGGUGAAACAUGAC